UCAGUCAGCUGCCAUGGCUACGAAGGAACACCAGCCUGACCCAGAGAAACACCAGCAGGGAGGCGAACCAGAUCAGGAUCCAGUCUGCACAGAGGGUUGGCGACUGUUGGUGCGGAACCGCGCUGCAGCUACCGUUGAAGGAGUCCCCGUGUUGGGCGUGAGGCACCUUCAGGCAUUGCUGCUAUGCAUCGCACACGUGCUGGUCUUCAGCUUGCGCACCAACAUGUCGGUGGCGGUCGUUGUCAUGGCCAACAACACGGCUGGCAACCCUAACAUCAAGGACUACGGCUGGAGCCAAUCUGAGACGAGCACCAUUCUGAGUUCAUUCUUCUGGGGCUAUGUGGUGAUGCAGGCGCCUGCUGGGUGGGCAGCAGACAGGUUCAAUUCGAAGAACUUGUUUUCGGCCUCGCUCAUCCUCUCCGGUGUCCUGACCGUGCUCACAGAGGUGGCUGCAGACACUGGCGGUGUGGUGCUCGUCUGUGCGUUCAGAGUAGUCAUGGGUCUCGCUCAGGGUUUCGUAUUCCCAUGCACACAUUCCUUGCUGGCAAAAUGGAUCCCACCCAAAGAAAGUGAUGUUUUGGGAACAGCUGUUUACACAGGUGAUCAACUGGGCACAGUAGUAGCAAUGAUGAUAUCAGGAGCAUUAGCUCAGAGUGCUCUUGGGUGGCCAUCUAUAUUCUACUUCUUUGGUGGACUUUCCAUCCUUUGGGGAGUGAUAUUAUUCUGGUUUGGAGGGAAUACCCCUUCUGGACAUAAGCAUAUUUCUAGUGCAGAACUUAUUUAUAUUGAAGAAUCUUGGAAGGACGUCUCUCGUGAACGAAAGAAGUUUCCAACGCCGUGGAUAUCAAUUUUCACAUCACUGCCCGUAUUUGCUUGUAUAGUAGCCACUUUGUCGCUGUGCUGGGGAUACUACACACUCCUGACAGAGAUACCAACGUAUUUGAGUAAUGUUCUUGGAUUUGACAUUGCAUCUAACGGGCUACUUUCUGCACUGCCGUACGUCGUUAACUGUGCCCUGAGUCUUUCCUUCAGCUGGAUCAUCAACAGUGUAGAGAAGAAGGAAAUAUUUAGCAAGGGGACCUUGAGGAAGGUGGCCAAUUCCAUUGGUUACUGGAUCCCAGCCGCGGCUUUAGUUGCCCUCAGCUUCAUCCCAGUAGAGGACCCAACGGCAGCUGUGAUCUUGCUGACUGUCUCCGUUGGUUUUAAUAGUAUCAGCAUCAUGGGCUACCAGAUGAACCUUAUCGACAUCGCACCAAACUUCUCUGGCCUGAUGAUGGGUGUUACUGGUAGUAUCGGGACACUGAUGUCCGUCGCUGCACCACUUUAUGUGGGGGCUGUAGUCAAGGAGAACACCAUUCAAGAGUGGAGAAUUGUAUUCCUCACAGCAGCUGCGGUCUUCUUUGUGGGCAAUCUGAUUUUCGUUAUUUUCGGUGAUGGCGAAGUUCAACCUUGGAACGACCCUAACUAUUCGAGAGGAAAGAAAACAGAAACUAUAGAAAAGGUUGCAGUUUGAGCCACUGUGACGCCAGUAGCCACAUGGAAUAUAGUGAGAGAAACAAAGGUUUCUUCACGAUAAAACUUUGCACAUAAAGAAGACACAGGGAAGGAAAACUCUGCAAAACAUUCACUUUUUCUGCAGCUUGAGUAACAUACCAACGUCGCUUGGAAGAAACAUUUUAUUUUAUUCGAUACCAAAUGUAUACAUGCAAAUUAAAAAUGCAGUAUCCACAUCGUAACAUACAAGAACUGCUACUCCUACAACAGAAGGCUGAGAGUUAUGAUACUAGAGAAGUGGCAGUGAAACUGUAACUUAAUCUAACUUAACAUGAAGUAUUAUCUGACAUUCUUGAGAAUUACCUGUAGAAUUUUGGUGAAUAAGGAUGUGAUUCCAUCGAGACCAAGAAAUCUGAGAAAUCCAUAAUUAUAUCAGUGUAAGUGUGAGACGCGGGUAUUGUUUUCGUAUGGCUUGUUUCUGCUUCAGUUUUGAGAAGCGCAUCUCCAGAAUCUGUGAUAAGAGUUUACUGCCUAAUAGACCAACCUAAGUUUUUCUGUGAUUUAAAAAUUAA